AUGGCAGAUGAUGUGGCAUUGUCAAGUGCCUGUGGGCGACGUCCACGUCGGUUGAAAAAACUAUUGUCGUUUGGUCGCCCUGAGAAAAUACCCCAUUUAGCCAAAGACCCUUUAACCUGGAAAUCUUGCUUUCCCUUUUUAACAAGGUUAAAAAAGCGGUCCUCAAAGUUAAGCGACGCUAGCCUUGAAGAUCCAUCUACUACCAAUAAUAAUAUCCCAUCCCGUGCUACCGCUCCUCUGCGAUCAGAAUCAUCCAAUCACCACCACCACCACCACCAAUCUACACAUAUCUAUUCAUCGGAUGAUGCAUCCACAUACUUUUUGUCUUCACACCACUUACGGAGUCGAAGGACGCGCGCUUGCAGUGAUACCACGUGCAUCACUUGGACGCCACGGCGGAAUGAUAGACUGUCGAGCAAAGACGACGAUGAUCCAUUGUUCGGUGACCCAAUUGCGGAUAAAUUGGCAUCACCUUAUUUCACAGGGUCAUCGCGUGAUAUUUGGUCGCAAAAAAAUGAGGCCACAGACAGUCUAUUGGCCAAGGAACCGCCCACACGUUGGUCACUUUGGAGCGACCUUGCCCAAGAAACGGGUUUACUUGAUUCCGAACCGACCGGAUCAGGAUCCAUCCCGCUCAAAGAACGCAGACGACGACGCAGUCCGCUCUUGAUCCCUGAAAGUCAACGUCUCACGCUUGCACUGAAAAGUCCACCGUCCGAGGCUUCCUUGGCCGACCCAUACCAGUACACGAGCAGUACGUCGAAAACGUGGAACAGUACCCCUUCCACACCUCUGACCAACGAUUCGAUGUGGCGUCAUCAUCUGAUCGAGCAGUCGUUAAAAUACAGUUUAUGGCCAUCCUUGGACGUAUCUCGACAGCAGGCCAUGGAUGCCUUGGAGGGACGCAAAGCCGGCAAAUCAGUCACCAUGAUGCCUAUCGCCAAUGUACAGGAGCUGGAUUCCUUGCUUGACGACGCUUCCGAGAAAAUCGUCCGAGAUAAAGCUCACUACGAUGCCAUUGUAGCGCGAACCACUCAGAAUCAUCACAGACGACCACUCUGCCAUAAAAGCGAAUCGAGACCCAAACCUCGCUCAGCGUCCAAAAUUGAAUCACGUAAACAUGCGGGAAUUUCUCAGUUGGGUUCGCAUCCUGAAGAUCAGCUGCAAUCGAUUAAUGAAGUCGACCGCUCAAGCACCACCACCGCCAUCUCCAUAGUGCCACCCACCCCGCCAGCGUCAGCCCAGUCACUGCAUUCACAAUCCACCACAGCUCAUGUCGGUUUCUUUCCUCCCUCUCCCAACUCUACACAUGCAACAGCCGUCCAACCAUUCACAGCUCACUAA